GCGUACCCCCUAUGCUACAGGGAACGAGAAACGACCUCGGCUGGUCCACCUCUGCGAUUGCAACUGAUUAGCUUUCGUACUGUGGACUCGUAGCUCGGCGUGGAUACGCCCACCGAAGGGAGGUGACAACUCCCGUAAGGUGGAGGGAGUUUGAAGAGAAAAGUCUGUCAAGAUGUCGGAGAGGCUGGAGAGCGGCGGUGUAUCGGAUGGCAUCAGGAAGGUCCUGACGCUCGAGGAUCUUAUUGCGGCUAUUGACCGGCAUGAGAAGACUCCAAGCAAUGUCCCUAAGGUCGACACCUUUCACUUCAAUGGAGAAAGAGUCUCAGACUGGCUGGAUCAGGUGGAACAAGCAAUGGUGGGACUGGCGGAUGCGGUGAAAUUCCAGCGGAUCAUGAGAUAUGUGCUUUAUGGGCACCAUCAGGAGGUGCAGAGGGUGGUCAACGACGCCAAUGGCAAUUGGGCCAGGUUUAGAGAGGGAAUGCAGAGGAAGUAUAGACUGGGCGAUGGCCUGCUAACCACGGCGGAUCUGGAGGCAAUGAACAAAGAUAACUUUACUACGAUAGGGGCCUUUGUACAAGAAUUUAAGAAAAGGGCAAGGAAGGUCCACGGGAUCUCAGAGGAGAUGUAGCGGGAGGAUGAGAAGAACGGGCUGAUUUCCUCCACCAUGGAUGGAAACAUCUAUGACCAGUUUGGAGAUUUUAUUGACAGGAAGCUUGGCAGAGUGAGAACGGAGGCCCAACGAAGAGCGGCAGCCGGUCCGCCACCCCCUGCCACGUUCAGGUUAUGGCAGGAAAAGGAAGGACCAUCAAUUGGGGUAGAGGAAGUGGGGAGUGAUGAGGAAGUAACUCAGGGGCUACAAGAAGGAGAUAAGAGGGAAGAGCCCAUAAUCAUCGAGUCGGACAACGAGAAUGAGGAAGAAAAGAUGGAACCUCUGUCCGCCUUAUUGGGGAAAAUGGAGGACUUGUUGGACAAGAUGGGGAGGUACCAACAGAAGUUGGUGGACCUCUGCGAGGGAAUAAGGGAAUGGAGGUCUAACGUCCCCAAGGUGUUCCUUUAUGACUCCGGCCCGGAGUCAGCGCCCGGGCGACCCGGAGUAAAUGUAGUGGGGUUGGGCCCACGAUCAGGGAUGAUGAUGGGACCCCUUACCCCACAAGCCCGGCUGGCGCAGGUAGCGCGAACGCGAAGUCAAGCUAAGGCCAGGGCUAGCCAAGAACCUCCCCAGAGAGAGCCUGAGCCAGGAAGGAGGAAGGAGGCAGUGGAAGUAGAGAAUGACGACGGCGAGGAGGAAGAAGAUGAGAGGCUGCGCCAGGAAGAGGACCAGAGGGCGGAGCAAAGGGCUAAGAAGAGGGAAGCUAGGGAAGACACCGAGCCAGUCCUCCGCGAUGUGCCGCCCAAGAAGAAGAAAUACGCGGUUCGGCUGGAAGAAGGGUUUGACGUAGAGAAGGUGAUCGACAGCGGAUCGGGAUUGGGAAGCCGCAUCGGGAUUGAGAAGCGAAUUGGGAAGCCGGAUCGGGAUUGGGAAGCGGAAGCGGAGAGGGGCGGAGGUCGACGGAGACGGGCGGAGGUAGGCGAAAGUGGCCAGAGGUGGGCGGAGUUGGGCAAAGGUGGGGAAGAGGAUCGGGAUCCGGAUCCGGAUCGGGAUUGGGAAGCGGAAGCGGAGGCGGGCAGAGGUCGGCGGAGAAGUAGGGAGGCAACCGGGGCAGCAACAACUGCCCGAGGCCUACCUCCGCUUCCCAAUCCCAAUCCGCUUCCACAUGGCGGAGACGGGAUUGCGAAGCGGAUUGGGAUCGAGAAGUGUAGGCGAAAUAAUCGUAGGGAGUUUGCACUACAGCAUGGGAAGAAGCGUGGAGAAGUGGGGAGAAGCGGGGAGAAGCGGGGAGAAGCGGGGAGAAGUGGGGAGAAGCGGGGAGAAGUCGCUAGAAGCGGGGAGAAGUGGGGAGAAGCGGGGAGAAGUGGGGAGAAAAGAGCAGAAGUGGGGAGAAGCGGGCAGAAGUGGGAAGAAGAGGAAUAACAGAAUGUGGAAGAAAAGUAGAAGAAGAAGAAGAAGAAGAAGAGGAAGCAGAAGAAGAAGAAAUGAAUGUGGAACAAAAGA